AUGUCGGCCAAGCAAGAAGCCACCAAAGCCGAACACAAGACGAAGAAGUUCGGCAAGAGCGAGCGCUCAAUACCACACCACACGCAGAAGGCCAAGAAGUUCUACCCUGCAGAGGACGAGGCUAAGCCGAAGAAGGUCCGCAAAUCCAUUCACCCCGCCCGUCCCCGCUCUACUCUCCAACCUGGCAGCGUUCUUAUCCUCCUUGCUGGUCGUUUCCGCGGCAAGCGCGUCAUCCUCCUCAAGCACCUGGCCCAAGGUGUUCUCCUGAUUACUGGUCCCUUCAAGGUCAAUGGCGUCCCAUUAAGACGAGUCAAUGCCAGAUACGUCAUCGCUACAAGUUCGAAGGUAGACCUGAAGGGGAUUGACGAGAAGGUGGUGGAGAAAGUUGGAGAGGAGGGCUACUUCACUCGGGACAAGGCGGAGAACAAGAAAGGGGAGGAGCAAUUCUUCGCGCAAGGGGAGAAGCCUGAGAAGAAGAAGGUGGCCUCCGCUCGCGCCAGCGACCAGAAGGCUGUCGACCACGCAUUAUUGACCAACAUCAAGAAGGAGCCUCAUUUGAUAGAAUACCUCGGAAGUUCAUUCAGUCUACGAAAGGGAGAUAAGCCCCACGCGAUGAGCUUCUAG